UCCAUAUUGAAUAGAGUGAAUAAGACCAAGUUGAGUGUAACAGGUAGAGUGAGUCGUCUUUGAGUGAGAAAGAAAGAGAGAGAAUGGCGUCGUUCUGUGCUGCGACCUGCUUCCACAUUCCGGCGAUCAACGGCGGCGCACUGCGCAACCGCACUUCACUUGCCAUCGCCACACGGCCUUCAUCACCGGCCGCCGCCUCCUUCUGGCGUUCCCCUUCACCAUCUAAGCGCCCUUCGCCAUUCACUUGCUUGAGCAUUUCUUCUGAUGCCCGAAUUAAGGAAGCUGUUCAUACUGAGAGGGCCCCUGCAGCUUUGGGACCGUAUUCUCAAGCUAACAAAGUCAACAACCUUCUGUUUGUGUCUGGUGUUCUUGGUCUUGUUCCUGAGACGGGGAAAUUCAUCUCUGAUAAUGUUGAAGAGCAAACAGAACAGCUUCUUAAAAACAUGGGGGAAAUCCUUAAAGCUGGUGGUGCUAGCUACUCGUCGGUUGUUAAGACAACAAUUAUGUUGGCUGACUUGAAGGACUUCAAGAAAGUCAAUGAGAUUUAUGCUAAAUAUUUCCCUUCACCUUUCCCAGCUCGUUCAACUUAUCAAGUAGCUGCUUUGCCAUUGGAUGCCAAGAUUGAAAUCGAGUGCAUAGCAACACUAUAAGCACCAAAUUUAGUAGCAGGUUAAUAAUGCAGGAGGGGCCAUAUCUUGGUAUUGGAGUAUUACUUUGGUUUGGAUCAUGGUGCUCUUGUGCCAUGCAUUUACUCUAAUCCUAGUAAUCUCUCUCAAGAGCAUGUGCCCAUUAAAAUGAAAGGAUAGUCAUAGUCCUUGAAUUGUUCUUGUUUGUAACUUUUGUAAUAUUGUGUUCAUAAAGUGGGCUAUGAAUAAAGUUAACUCUCCUGGUUUCUAAUAUGAUAGAUCGAUUUGAAGAACA